AAACAGCUCCUCCGCCACACUAACGGGCUUCCCGCCUCCUCAAACCCGUCGAAAGAUGCUCCUUCUCGGGAUUACUACCAAAAACCCAAACCCGACGAGUCUGCAAGAACUUUACCCAAGUGUUUGGAAAGUUUGAACAAGUGCUUUAGACGCUCCGCAUCCCCCCAUCUAUUUGCAUUGUUUUAAUCUCAUUGAAUUCAGCCGACGCGUUUCCCUUCCCGUCUGGAGCGGUCCAAGUCUGAUGAAUUCGCCGAAACGCGACGGAGACGACGAGGUUCCCGUUAAAGACCCGGUGAAAUACGGCGAGCUGGUCGUUCUGGGAUACAAUGGAUCUCUGCCGAAUGGAGACCGCGGCCGCCGCAAGAGCCGUUUUGCUCUUUACAGAAGGGCCAAAGCUAAUGGCGUCAAACCCAGUGCUGUGCACAUCCUCAACACGCCGCAGGACAGCAAGGCGGUCCACAGCAGGGGUCAGCACAGCAUCUCUUUUACUUUGUCGCGCAACCAGACGGUGGUGGUGGAAUAUUGCCAUGAUGACAACACAGACAUGUUCCAGAUCGGACGCUCCACAGAAAGCCCAAUUGACUUUGUGGUGACCGACACCUCUGGAGGGUCAAAAGAGGUGGAGGACCCAUCCAUCGCACCCAGCACCAUCUCACGGUUUGCCUGCAGAGUGGUGUGCGAGCGCAGCCCCCCUUACACCGCUCGCAUCUAUGCUGCAGGCUUUGAUUCCUCCAAAAACAUCUUCCUAGGGGAGAAGGCAACUAAAUGGAAAAACCCUGAUGGACACAUGGAUGGUCUGACCACCAACGGGGUGCUUGUCAUGCACCCAGAGGGGUUUCCAGACGACCCCAAGCAGGGUUUGUGGAGGGAGAUCUCGGUUUGUGGAGAUGUUUAUGCUCUGCGGGAAACUCGGUCUGGACCCACCCGGGGCAAACUGGCGGAGGGUGAAAGCAGCGCCUUGCGUGAUGGCUCCCUGGUGGAUCUAUGUGGUGCCACGCUCCUGUGGCGUACAGGAGAAGGGCUUAUGCGUGCUCCCACUCUGCGCCACUUGGAGGCACUUCGUCAGGAGCUCAAUGCCUCCCGCCCCCAGUGUCCCGUAGGGCUCAGCACGCUGGCUUUCCCCAGCCUGCCACGCAGCCACAGCCUUGAAGAGCGACAGCCCUGGGUCUACCUCAGCUGCGGCCACGUGCACGGACGCCACGACUGGGGCCAGAGAUCGGAAGGGGAGCAGAGGAGGGGCGAGGGUGUGGCGCCCCGGCGAGAGUGUCCCCUGUGCAGGAGCGAGGGCCCUUAUGUGCCACUGUGGCUGGGCUCCGAGCCCGCCGUCUACUUGGAUGCAGGACCGCCAACUCAUGGUUUUGUUCCGUGCGGCCACGUCUGCUCAGAGAGGACAGCCAGGUACUGGGCAGAAAUUUCACUGCCCCAUGGGACGCACGCCUUCAGACCCGUGUGCCCCUUUUGCUCGGCGGCCCUCAGCACACCAGGCUGGACACGACUAAUCUUCCAGGGCCCGAUCGAUUAGCUGCUACUCCACACAAUCCACCGUCACUACUUCAGGAAGCCUACUGGGCUUCAUUCGUGGCACAAAAGUUCACGAGUGCCGACUGAGGCGUACGACCUGCACCAAAACAAACCUUUGUGUCAUUGAAUGCAGCUUUCACUGGCUAGUCCUCGCCUUUGUUUAUCCUUCAGUGCUUCAAAAUCAGCAAGUAUACAAAAAAAAAAAACACUCCCAGGAUCUCAUCCUGCUCUGAUGAGUCCGUCAGGUUUACAUUUACCCACCUCCAUGGUUUUUUUGGAGAAAAACUGAAGUUCUGCUGCUUUUCAAACAUUCAUUUUAUCAAAAGACCAUAGUACAUGGUAGAGUAAGUUGUGACGGUUUACUUUUUUUUGUUAGGUUUCCGUGUUGGCCCAAUAGAAACCAUACAAUUUGCAGGUGUGAAAGCCUUCCUAAAUUCUGCUGGGGAUCAAACUAGAUCUCCAGUACACCUUAAUGAGGGUCUAUGUUUGAUCGCAGGUGGACAGUCCUGUAGACAAAAGAGUAGAAGUCAACCAAAGAGUUUGUCAAGUGGACAGCUCUCCGACUGGUGUAGUAGGGAGGGGAAGAAGUUUGUCAGAGACAAAUGCAAAGGCACAGCUUUUCCUCUUUUUUUUUUCCUUUUUUUCUUUUUCUUUUUUUUUCUUUUUCUUUUUUUUCUUUUUUUUCCCUUUUUUCUUUUUUUCUUCUUUUUUCUUUUUUUCUCUUU